ACUUGCUACAAAUCUAGUCGAGUAGUAGUCAUUCCGGGUGUGAAGGAACCUCUCUUUACAAUCUGUCAUUACCUCAAAAUCAACAUGAGUGAUCCUUGGCAAGAGUGCAUGGAUCACUGUGUGGAAGUCGCCAAAAAUGCUGGAAAGGUGAUCCGUGAGGCGCUCCAGAAGGACAUCGCCGUCAUGGAGAAGAGCUCGCCAGUUGACCUGGUGACCGAGACGGACCAAAGAGUGGAACGGCUCAUUAUUUCCUCCAUCAAGGAAAAGUACCCCACUCACAGCUUCAUAGGUGAGGAGUCGGUAGCGGCAGGUGCUCCCAGUGUUCUGACGGACAGUCCCACUUGGAUCAUCGACCCUAUUGAUGGUACCACCAACUUUGUUCACAGGUUCCCUUUUGUGUCCGUAUCAAUUGGCUUCACUGUGAAGAAAGAGAUCGAGUUUGGGAUCGUCUACAGCUGCAUCGAGGACAAAAUGUACACGGCACGCAAAGGGAAGGGAGCAUUCUGCAACGGAGAGCCAAUCAAAGUGUCUGGACAAGAAGAUAUUAGCCGAUCUCUGGUGCUGACGGAAAUUAACUUUAAUAAGGAUCAAGAGCAUUUCAAAACGAUGUUAGCCAACGUCGAGAAAAUCCUCACCAUCCCUGUGCAUGGUAUCCGCUCCCCGGGCAGUGCAGCUGUCAACAUGUGUCUGGUAGCGUGCGGAUCGGCCGAUGCUUACUACCACAUGGGCAUCCACUGCUGGGACAUGGCUGGAGGGGCGGCGGUUGUUACCGAGGCUGGAGGCGUCAUCAUGGACAUUUCAGGUGGACCGUUUGAUCUGAUGUCUCGGAGGCUGAUCAUCGCCAGCAGCAGAGCGAUAGCAGAACGCAUCGCCAAGGAGGUAACAGAGUUCCACGUUGGGAGAGACGACACAGAUGGCUAGUAAAUUUCCAUCAUCUCUUCUACCAACUUAACAGGUUUUUAUCACCGGACUGUUUUUGUAUUAAACAAGUCACGAUUUCGUCAUUGCCUUAAGAACCAAAACAAUAAACUUACCUCUGAAGUUUGUUAGAUAGUCAGCGCUUUAGAAUUUCAGCCCUCUUUCUGCUUUCUUUAUGUUGUAUAUGCUUUUAUUCUGUUGUAACUUAUUUGGACAUAAAAUAAAUGGUGUGUGUGAUGGUGGAAUAAUGCCUGUGUUUCCUAAUACACACUUGUUUUAAGCCAUUUUUUAGGAACAAUGCAGUCAGAACAAUGUCAUUGUUAAAGUACAUACAGCACUAUUGUAGUAAUUUUAGUAUAUAUUUGUUUAGGUUUUGACCAAUAUUAUUGCUUUUCACAGGAAAUUGUAUUUAGUUAGAUUCAUUUCAAAAUACAUUUGUUUAAAGGGCAUGUCCAUAUGUAUUCUGAACUGUUUCUUUUGAAAUGGAGAUGCCCACUCAGCAAGAAACGCUACCAAAGUGAGCUAAUCAAUAAGGUUAUGAAUCACGUGCACGCUAUCACUAGCUGAGUCAUGGUGUGUAGUGUGUGUGAGGUGUUUGGUAUUUCAGUUUUGUCAUUGCCAAUCUCAAUGCAGUAGAUUUUUUUUUAUUUAUUUUAAUAUUAUUUUGAAGAUUAAAAGAA